AUGGGAGGCCUCGCGCGCCUUAUAGCGAGCGGUGGCACAGUGGUGAACCACGACGGCACGUCCAAGGCGGACGUCCUAAUCCACGGCCAAACAAUCAAGGCGGUCGGCCCCGACUUGGAGGCGCCCAAAAAUGCAAAGGUCAUCGACGCCACGGGGCAGCUGGUCAUGCCCGGCGGCAUAGACCCCCACACGCACCUGGACAUGCCAUUCAUGGGCCAGGUCACGUGCGACGACUUCUUCACCGGCCACGCUGCCGCGCUGGCGGGUGGCACGACCAUGCACAUCGAUUUCGCCCUGCCCAUUGACCACGACCUCAAAAAGGGCUACGAGGCCUGGCAGGCAAGGCCCCGCUGA